AUGAACACAAAUCUUCAGGUUAAUGCUUGGCAUAUGACACCACUCUUUGGACUAAGUAAUUAUGACAGAAGUGUUUAUUCAUUUCUUUUCUCCUUAGGUGGUUGUUCGUUUGAUGAACAUUACAGUAACUGUGGUUAUAGUGUGGCACUAGGGACAAAUGGAUUUACUUGGGAGCAGAUUAAUACCUGGGAGAAACCAACAAUGGAUCCAGCUGUCCCAACUGGCUCCUUCAUGAUGGUGAAUAGUUCUGGGAGGGCCUCUGGGCAAAAGGCCCACUUGCUUUUACCAACACUGAAGGAAAAUGACACUCACUGCAUUGAUUUCCAUUACUACUUGUCCAGCCGUGACCGUUCCAGCCCUGGAUCCUUGAAUGUUUAUGUGAAAGUGAAUGGUGGACCUCAAGGCAACCCCAUCUGGAAUGUCACUGGGCUUGUUACAGAAGGUUGGGUGAAAGCAGAGCUUGCGAUCAGUACUUUCUGGCCACACUUUUAUCAGGUCAUAUUUGAAUCGGUUUCCCUGAAGAGUCACCCUGGGUACAUAGCGGUGGAUGAAGUCAGAGUCCUUGCUCAUCCAUGCAGAAAAGCUCCUCACUUCCUGAGGCUGCAAAAUGUGGAGGUUAAUGUUGGGCAGAAUGCAACAUUCCAGUGCAUUGCAGGAGGAAAGUGGUCUCAGCAUGACAAAUUGUGGCUACAGCAGUGGAAUGGAAGAGACACAGCAUUAAUGGUUACCAGAGUUGUCAACCAUAGACGCUUUUCUGCUACCGUCAGUGUAGCUGAUACAUCCCAACGCAGUAUCAGUAAAUAUCGCUGUGUAAUCCGUUCUGAUGGUGGAUCAGGAGUUUCAAACUAUGCAGAAUUAAUAGUGAAAGAACCACCCACUCCUAUUGCUCCUCCAGAACUUCUAGCAGUUGGAGCCACGUACCUAUGGAUCAAACCAAAUGCCAACUCCAUCAUUGGUGAUGGGCCCAUCAUCCUGAAAGAGGUAGAAUACCGUACAACCAAUGGGAACUGGGCCGAAACCCACAUUGUGGAUUCUCCCAAUUACAAGUUAUGGCAUCUUGACCCUGAUGUGGAAUAUGAGAUCAGAGUGCUUCUUACCCGUCCUGGAGAAGGGGGAACUGGACCCCCUGGGCCUCCCCUCACAACAAGGACAAAAUGUGCUGAUCCAGUCCAUGGUCCUCAGAAUGUAGAGGUUGUAGACAUCCGGUCACGUCAGUUGACUUUGCAGUGGGAGCCUUUUGGUUAUGUUGUGACUCGUUGCCACAGCUAUAACUUGACGGUUCAUUACCAGUAUAUAUUCAACCAGCAGAAAUAUGAAGCAGAGGAACUAAUUCAAACAUCGUCACAUUACACGUUGCGAGGAUUACGACCCUUCAUGACCAUCCGAUUGAGGUUGGCACUUUCAAAUCCAGAGGGCAAGAUGGAGAGUGAGGAAUUGGUGGUGCAAACAGAAGAGGACGUUCCUGGAACUGUUCCCCUUGAAUCUAUUCAGGGAGGACCCUUUGAGGAGAAGAUCUAUGUUCAGUGGAAGCCACCAAAUGAAACCAAUGGAAUAAUUACCCUCUAUGAGAUUACCUACAAGGCUGUUGGAUCUCUAGAUCCUACUGCUGACUUGUUGAAUCAGAGAGGAAAAGUCUUCAAACUAAGGAAUGAAACCCACCACCUGUUUGUAGGAUUAUAUCCAGGAACUACCUAUUCAUUCACCAUUAAAGCCAGCACAGUAAAGGGUUUUGGACCUCCCAUCACCACACGGAUUGCAACUAAAAUUUCAGCACCAUCAAUGCCAGAAUAUGAUACGGAUACCCCUCUGAAUGAAACAGAGACCACCAUUACGGUCAUGCUGAAGCCUGCACAGUCUCGUGGUGCGCCAGUCAGUGUCUACCAGCUUGUUGUAAAAGAAGAACGGCCACAGAAAUCACGAAGAGCUGCAGACAUCAUUGAAUGUUUCUCUGUUCCAGUGAGCUACAAAAAUGCUUCGAAUCUUGACUCCCCCCAUUACUUUGCAGCUGAGCUGAAACCAGUCAAUCUUCCAGUUACACAGCCUUUCACAGUAGGAGACAACAAAACCUAUAAUGGCUAUUGGAAUGCUCCACUUUCACCAUUGAAAAGCUACAGUAUUUAUUUUCAGGCACUUAGUAAAGCAAAUGGGGAAACCAAAAUAAAUUGUGUCCGGCUAGCCACCAAAGCAGUAAUAGGUAGGCAACAGGUGACCACCCGAAACCCACCCAGCCUCAUGAGCACAGGAGCUUCUACACAGAAUUCUAAUGUGGUGGAACCAGAAAAACAGGUUGAUAAUACAGUGAAAAUGGCUGGAGUUAUAGCUGGUCUUCUGAUGUUUGUAAUUAUCCUUUUGGGAGCGAUGCUUACAAUCAAAAGAAGGAGCGGUGCAGUAGAUCCAAGAAGAAAUGCAUAUUCCUACUCCUAUUACUUGAAACUAGCCAAGAAACAGAAAGAGACUCAAAGCAGCAGUCAACGAGAAAUGGGGCCUGUUGCUGCUUCAGACAAGACUGCUACAAAAAGUGCUGCUCACAAUGAAGACACUUUCACUUCAGGCUGUCAAGAUGUUAAUGGAUUCAGUAAGUUUCACAUUUUCACAUAUGCUCAUGUUCAUGCUCAGGAAGAUUUUGCUGUGCUGUCAAGAAGCAUUAUAAAUUUAGCACUCCUUUCUGGCACCUGCAUCAGUGACAAUAGCCAUGGGGAGAUGACUCAACCGACCCUGACAAUCCAGACCCAUCCCUAUCGAAGCUGUGACCCAGUGGAAAUGUCCUAUCCCAGGGGACAGUUCCAGCCAGCAAUCCGAGUGGCCGACUUGUUGCAACACAUCACUCAGAUGAAACGGGGACAGGGCUAUGGAUUUAAAGAGGAGUAUGAGGCUCUACCUGAAGGGCAGACAGCAUCUUGGGACACCGCCAAAGAAGAUGAAAACCGCAAUAAGAAUAGAUAUGGCAACAUCAUCUCCUAUGAUCACUCCAGGGUGAGACUGCAGUUACUAGAUGGAGAUCCUCAUUCAGAUUACAUUAAUGCAAAUUAUAUUGAUGGAUACCAUCGACCUCACCAUUACAUUGCAACUCAAGGGCCAAUGCAAGAGACAGUGAAAGAUUUUUGGAGGAUGAUUUGGCAGGAGAAUUCAGCAAGUGUUGUCAUGGUCACCAACCUGGUAGAAGUUGGCAGGGUGAAGUGUGUCAGAUACUGGCCUGAUGACACAGAAGUCUACGGAGAUAUCAAAGUGACCUUAAUUGAGACAGAACCAUUGGCAGAAUAUGUCAUACGUACUUUUACAGUCCAAAAGAAAGGCUACCAUGAAAUUCGAGAAAUUCGUCAAUUCCACUUCACUAGCUGGCCAGACCAUGGGGUUCCUUGUUAUGCUACAGGUCUCUUGGGCUUUGUUCGACAAGUGAAGUUUCUCAAUCCACCAGAUGCAGGACCUAUUGUUGUGCACUGCAGUGCUGGUGCUGGGAGGACAGGGUGCUUUGUUGCCAUAGACAUCAUGCUUGACAUGGCAGAAAACGAAGGCGUGGUGGAUAUAUUUAAUUGUGUGAGAGAGUUGCGAUCUCAGAGAGUUAACCUGGUGCAGACAGAGGAACAGUAUGUGUUUGUUCAUGAUGCCAUACUGGAAGCGUGCCUUUGUGGCAACACUGCCAUUCCUGUUUGUGAAUUCAGAUCUAUAUACUACAACAUCAGCAGAUUGGAUCCACAGACAAAUUCCAGCCAGAUAAAAGAUGAAUUCCAGACCCUUAAUAUUGUUACUCCUCGAGUACGUCCAGAAGAUUGCAGCAUUGGACUUUUGCCAAGGAAUCAUGAUAAGAAUCGCUGCAUGGAUGUACUUCCUUUGGAUCGGUGCCUCCCUUUUCUUAUUUCCGUUGAUGGAGAAUCAAGCAACUAUAUUAAUGCUGCACUCAUGGAUAGUCACAAGCAACCUGCUGCCUUUAUAGUUACUCAGCAUCCAUUGCCCAACACUGGAGCUGAUUUCUGGAGGCUAGUGUUUGAUUACAACUGUUCUUCUGUUGUGAUGCUGAAUGAAAUGGAUGCUGCUCAGCUUUGUAUGCAGUACUGGCCAGAAAAGACAUCUUGCUGUUAUGGGCCAAUCCAAGUGGAAUUUGUUUCUGCUGACAUAGAUGAGGAUAUUAUUAAUCGGAUAUUUCGGAUCUGCAACAUGGCAAGGCCGCAAGAUGGGUACCGUAUUGUUCAACACUUGCAGUAUAUUGGCUGGCCAGCAUAUAGAGACACUCCUCCUUCUAAGCGCUCUCUCCUGAAAGUGGUCAGGCGGUUGGAAAAGUGGCAGGAGCAAUAUGAUGGGCGAGAUGGACGGACUGUGGUUCAUUGCCUGAAUGGCGGUGGCCGCAGUGGCACCUUCUGUGCCAUAUGUAGUGUGUGUGAAAUGAUCCAGCAGCAAAAUAUCAUUGAUGUAUUUCACAUAGUGAAAACCUUACGGAACAACAAGUCUAACAUGGUGGAGACAUUGGAACAAUAUAAAUUUGUAUAUGAGGUUGCAUUGGAAUACUUAAGUUCAUUUUAG